UGUCAAUGAGAACUCAAGGUGGAAGCGGCACGGAGGAUCCUGGUAUUUAACCCCAGAGAUACAGCAAGGAACUUUGCUCCAUGAGGAAGCCCCAAACAUAUCAUUAGGGCGAAGCGUGUUGUGUAAAAGAGAACAGCAGACUGGUGACUUUUACUUUUGUACUCAUUUCCACCGGGCAGCCUGUAUACCACUAGCCCUUAAACAGAGGCGCUUAUAGCGAGCGUGGUGAUCAUCGUCACUUAUGUUGAUGUCUAUACUUUAAUAUUUGGUGAAAUAUGUUUUAUAUCCCUCACCUAUAUUGCUGCUUUCUCUGCUUUGCUGUAUAGACCCAGAGAAUUGAUGGAGAACAGAAAAUACCAAGCAGUCUGAUACCUGGCUAUCCGGUGAAGGCUCGUUAUAUCUGACAAUCCAUUUUUAAGAAGGAAUCGAACUUUUGAAAACCUUAACCACCAUUGAGAUCUGGUUAGCAUCGUCGUCAUCAGGGCCUUCAGUCUCUUUCAAGAAAUUCUAGAAGUGUCCACAAAUAUGGCCGGCAGAACUCGUCAGGAGACCGAGCCUUGGUAUGCAGGACAGAUGUAUUCCCGAUACUGGAAACAUUAUAGCCAAGCCAUGCACUGGUUGUACAAGCACAAACGGGCAUACCGGAUGGCUGUUGCAUCCCUCUGCCCUCCACCUUGGUACCCAGUGGACACUUUUCAAAACCCUCGGUAUGCUGAUUGGGAAGGGAGAGAACAGUCGUAUCGGGACAUCUACCCCCAACCACACAAGCCGGCUACGCAGCCCAGAAGGGCACGUCCAUUGUUGAAGGUGUCAGAGUCAAAGGAAAAGGAGUCUGAGAUGGAAUGUGAAGAGGAGGGCACGGAUUCAGAGGAAGAGGAAAUCGAAUGUGACGUAAGCAACAUGGAAAUUACAGAAGAAUUACGACAAUACUUUGCAGAGACGGAAAGGCACAGAGAAGAGUUAAAGAAACAGCAGCAGCUAGAGGCUGAGAUUCACGGGCAGUACGUGGAAGCGGAUCACGACCUGCAUGUUUCCACAGGGAGGUCUUCACAGCCUCCUUCAGAAAGACCCGGGGAGAGGCGCAGAGCCGAAAUGAAGAAGCUCUAUGGCGAAGAUGCAGCUAAAAUUCAAGGCAUGGAGACCGCAAUGCAGCUCAGUUUUGACAGACAUUGUGAUAAAAAGCAACCAAAGUACUGGCCCAUCAUCCCCUUAAAACUGUGAGCCUUUAGGUUCAUUUCCCUGUUAUGGAAAUGUGAUGUCCAUCUCUUUCUACACGACAACAUGCAAGUUAACAAAGUCAAUGUCUUAUUAUAGCUCUCAGUGCCUGGUGGGUACAGAUUUCAGCAAUCUAGAACAGAUAAGUAAGAUACAAAGUAAGUAAACGUGUCUAUUUAGUUAUACAGAGGUACCUAUUAUCCCCCCAACAAAACUAUUCAUUUAUGUAUUGUUUUUGUAGCCGACAGGACCAUAUAACCCCUGUAUUGCAUUUAGUGUUGGAAUUAAAAACUCUGUUUUUUUACAUUAGUGUUGUUAGGGUUACUUAUUUUUGUCUUGUGCCUUUGGACCUGAUUGUAAUAUGUGUAAAGUCAAACAUGAUAAUCCAUAUAUGCUUUGUUAUUGAAGUGCCUCUUGGAACGUAUUUCCAUGUCAACUGCUCCAUAGUUACUGUAAAAGAUGUUGACAGAUACUUUCACAUGUUUGGAAGUAAGUUAUGUUGCCUAAUAAACUUUGUUCUUCAUAUAA